AUGGCCGACGUCGACACGGACGCCAACAACGAUCCCGAGCGCAGGACGCGCGCAUCGUCAUCAUCAUCGGAGGCCGACGACAACGACGCGGCCGGCAAGACGCCCAUCCCGCCGCGCCAGGCGUCGCCGUGCCCGUCCCCGGCGCGCCACGCCGCGGGGCACGCGCUGGAGGAGCCCCCUCGGCGGAAGGCGCCGCACCGCCGGUCCCGUCCCGUGCGGAUGUUCCAGAGCAUGUGCCGGUCGUUGCCCCUGCUGAACCCGCGGUGCGGGGGGCAGAUGCAUCCCGGUGCCUGCCGGAUCGCGCCGCCGUCGUCGUCGCGGCCCGCCACCGCGCAGUCGUCGGACUCGAGCUCGCUGCUGUCGCAGCUCAUCGCGCAUUCCUCCUUCGGCGGAGCCGCGUCGUCCCGGCACCGGCUCACGGGCACGCUCUUCGGCUACCGCGACGGCCGCGUGUCGCUGUCGCUGCAGCAGAACGCGCGGUGCCAGCCCACGCUGAUCGUGGAGCUGGCGCUCCCGACGCACGCGCUGCUCCGCGAGCUCGGCGCCCACGCGGGCGCUCGCAUCGUGCUGGAGGUCGAGAAGCGCGCGGAGCAGAGCGGUGAGGCCGACGGCGCCUCCGGCGCCCUCGACGGCAACGAGGCCAUCGCCGCCGUCUGCGAGGGCGGCGGCGCCAACGGCUUCAGGCACAGCCACGACGACGGGUGGGUGCUGGAGGAGCUCAUGUGGACCAUGUUCUGCAACGGCAAGAGGGUGGGGUACGCGGUGCGGCGGGAGCCCACCGAGGAGGACAUCGCCGUGUUGGAGACGCUGUGGGCCGUCACCAUGGGCGGCGGCGUGCUCCCCGGCAGGUCGGAUGUGGACGGCCCCGACGGCGAGAUGGCGUACAUGCGCGGGAGCUUCGAGCACACCGUCGGGUCCCGGGACUCGGAGUCGCUCUACAUGGUCGGACCGCCCGGCGGCGACUGCCCGGAGCUCGCCAUCUUCUUCGUUAGGCUAUGA